CGUAUCGUCGGGACAUCCCUAACCCAUUGAAUAUGACCUGGUGAAAUGGUUAAGGAUUAGGAUUAUGGUUAGGCUAAGGGUAGGGAUUAGGUUUAGGGUUUAGGAUCGGGAAGUCCCAAUGAUCCCAGAUAGAACUAACCGACUGUGAACGCGCGCAGUCGCGUGUCAUUGCGCGCUCUCGUCUGUCUUGAAAAAAGGGGACAGCUCCGUUGCUUAAAUCCAGAGGGAGGCACAGGCGGAGAAUCUCUGGGUAUCACUCGCUGAAUUGAACACAACACAUUUGGAAAUCUGUUUGUCAUUUAGUGGCACGCUCCAGGACGCACCUAUGCAGAUGGCUGCAACACAGCAAGAGGGCUCGGACCAGAACUUUGAUUAUAUGUUCAAACUGCUUAUCAUCGGCAACAGCAGUGUUGGAAAAACUUCCUUUCUCUUCCGCUAUGCCGAUGAUUCCUUCACCUCUGCUUUCGUCAGCACUGUGGGCAUAGAUUUCAAAGUGAAAACAGUCUACAAGAACGACAAGCGAAUCAAACUACAGAUAUGGGACACAGCGGGUCAGGAGCGAUACCGGACCAUUACCACAGCAUACUACAGAGGAGCUAUGGGCUUCAUCCUGAUGUAUGACAUCACCAACGAGGAGUCCUUCGGUUGUGUGCAGGACUGGUCCACCCAGAUUAAGACGUACUCAUGGGACAACGCCCAGGUAAUCCUGGCGGGGAACAAGGCUGACAUGGAGGAGGAGAGAGUGGUGUCAGUGGAUAGUGGUCGGAUGCUGGCCGAACAGCUUGGGUUUGAGUUCUUCGAGACGAGUGCCAAGGACAAUGUCAACGUAAAACAAACAUUUGAGCGUCUCGUCGACCUCAUCUGUGACAAGAUGUCCGACAGUUUAGAAACUGACCCGGCUGUCACCACAGGAACGCCCAAUGCUAGGCUAACUGACAACCCUCCUCCCUUGCAGCAGCCCAACUGCGGUUGUUAACCAGGAAAAUGACAACAAUCUAAGACGUAUGAGAUUGCCAAAAUAUUGUAUUAUCCCUUAGGUAGAUCUGUAAUACCUUAAAUUGUAUUAUUCUUCAUAUCUGCAUAUCUGAUGUGCCUAGUACAUUUUUUCAGAUUUUUUUUAUGUUUCAAAUUGGCUGACACAUAUGUUGUAUGUUCACAAAACUGAAAAAUAGACAUGUACAGUAAUGCCAUGUCAGUAUGCGAUGACCAUGAAUCACUAAUGCCACGUCAGUCGGUACAUUUAUCUAUUUAUUUAGAUAAAAACAGAAAUACAGGAUCUUCUAUAUACUAUAUUAACCAGAGAAAAUAGUGUGUUGUUUAUGGAAUGCUCUGUCAAUGACAUGAUGAUCUGUGUAUGGUUAAGUUGCCAGUUCCCUCUUGCAUAUCCUGUAUUUCUUCCCUCACACUAUUCCUACUGUGUGUGUGUGCGUGUGUGUGCGUGUGUCACUUUUAAGCAUUGAACAUUACCGUAAAAAACUAUUACCUACCUUACGAAAGUGAUACCUUUCAGUUAGUUGUUUGUAUAUUGUUUCAUAUUUUUCCAUCGCCACACUAGAUGUGAAACCCAUGUGAUUAUCUGUGGUUAGAAUGAACCAAUGUGGUUAUCUGUGGUUAGAACUCAUGUGAUUAUCUGUGGUUAGAAUGGACUAAUGUGAUUAUCUGAGGUUAGAAUGAACCAAUGUGAUCAUCUGAGGUUAGAAUGAACCAAUGUGAUUAUCUGAGGUUAGAA